AUCAGCUUGGCAUUUGCUAAGAGGACAAGUUGACAAAGUAUCAAAACUAACUGAAAACAAGGAAAUAAAUGUUAAAAAUGUCCUCCAACUCAAAGAUAGUACUUUUCUGUCUCUCAGAGUAGUAAUAGAUGGCCCUCCUGGUAUUGGCAAGACAACUCUUUGUCGCAAACUGUUGAAUAUGUGGUCUAAUGGAAUGCUUGCACACCCAUUAGACUUGGUACUUUACUGUCCUUUAAGGAAUAGCAAGAUAGCUACAGCUACUACACUAGCUGACCUAUUUGAGUAUAAAAGUUCUAAAAUUUCAAAAGUAGUUGAUUGGUUUUCAAAUACAGAUGGAGAAGGAUUACUGAUAAUCUUUGAUGGUUGGGAUGAACUAUGUGAAACACUCAAACAGUCUUCAUUAGUUGCUAGUAUCAUUCAUAGAAAGGAGUUAGACAAAUGUUCAGUAAUUGUUACCUCUCGUAGCUACGCAUCUUCUUCACUUUUAGAGAUGUCUAAUCUCAGUAGACACAUUCAGGUCAUAGGGUUUGCAGAAGAAGAAAUACCAACAGUAAUUAUACAAACACUUCAAAAAGAUGCUAAACUAUCACAAGAACUUAUUGAUUACUAUAUUGAAGAUGAUGAUGGUGAUAGUGACAGUGAUAAUGAUGAUAAAGAAGUUAAAUUACCAACAGAUAAAGACUCACAACUAGCAAUGAAACUCAUUAACGAUCUUAAAGUACGAAAUGAUGUCCAAUCAUUGUGUUAUGUACCACUAGUCUGUUCUAUGAGCAAUCUCAAAGAACUUGAAGUGAAAUUAACACCCAAUCAGUCACACGGUAUGCCAACAACAUUGUUUUAUGAGCAGGUACUACCUGCUAUCAACAUGCUACAGUCACAUACAACCAUCAGACUACUGAGAAUAGAGUGUGGAUAUAUUAAUAAUGAGUUAUCGCAACCUAACUGGAUAGAACUAGUACAACAAUUAUAUGAAACUCUGCUCAUCCAUCCAUCACUUGAAUACAUCCAGUUUGAAUACACUAGUCUCCUAGCAAAUACUCUUCAAGAUCAAAAAAAGACAUUGACUGAUAGACACAGAAAAGAACAACCACACAAGCCACUACCAAUAAUGGAGUUUAAAUAA